AUGUUACAGGGAUCAGUGUCUUUUGAGGACGUGACUGUGGAGUUCUCCCAGGAGGAGUGGCAGCACAUGGGCCCUGCUCAGCGGACUCUGUACAGAGAUGUGAUGCUGGAGAACUACAGCCACCUCGUCUCACUGGGGUAUUGCAUUACCAAGCCCCUGGUGAUCUUCACGUUGGAGCAAGGAAAAGAACCAUGGUCAUUAGAAGAUGAAUUUCCAAAUCAGAAGUACCCAGGAUAUUACAAAGUUGAUGUCCACAUCAAGGGGAACCAGGACAAACAAGAGACGCCUCUAUGGCAAGUAAUAUUCAUCGAUGAUGAAACAUUGAGUAAAGAAGGACAGAAAGUUUUAGAAAAACCCCUUAAUCUGGGGCCACCUCCAGAUUUUUCAGGAAAAACAUCCUGUAAAUGUGACUCAUGUAGAAUGAAUUUGCCAAUUGUUUCUGAAUUAAUCAUUAGUGAAGGACACUCUUCAGGAAAGAAGGCUGAUUGUAUGAGUGCACAUGAAAAGUUGCAUCUUGAUAUUGAACAUGAGAAAACUCAUACUGGAGAGAAAUUUUAUGAAUAUAAUAAAAAUGUGAAAGCUCACAGUUAUAAGAAAGACCAGCAUCAGAAAUUUGAAACUUUGGAGCAAUCUUUUGAUUGUAAUCAGUUUGAAAAAGUUUUACAUAAUGAGAUCAUCUGUAUUAGAGCUGAGAGUUCUCCAGCAGGAGAGGAGUCAUGUAUAGGUGAUGAAUUUAGGAAAAACUGUAUUAAAACAACUCUUUAUAACCACACAGGAACUGACACAAGUGAGAAAUACUCAGAUCUUAAUGAAUGUGGGAAAUCCUGUGAUAAAACCACCAUUGUGGAAUAUAAUAAGGUUCACAUGGCCAUGACACACUAUGAAUGUAAUGAAAGUGGGGUUAAUUUCAGUAGGAAGUCACGCCUCACUCAACCUCAAAGAAGUGUUAUAGAACUGAGUGCUUUUGAAAACAAUAAAUGUGAGGAAAUCUUGAGCCAGAGUUCAGCCCAUGUAAUACAUCAGAAAACAGAAACUGAAGAUAAAUUCUGUGAACUUAAUGGAUGUACACAUGCCUUUUAUCAGAGGUUAGACCGUCAGAGAACUCACCCCAAGGAGAAACUCUACCAGUCUGGUGCAUGUGGGAAAUGCAGGAAAUCCUUUUACCAGAAAGCACACCUCAUUCAGCAUCAGAAGACCCACUCAGGGGAGAAACCUGAGGAAUGUGGGAAAUCCUUUUGUUCAAAUUCACACCCUGUUCAGCAUCAUGAAACUCAUGUGGGCAUCAAACUCUAUGAAUGUAAUGAAUGUGGAAAUGCCUUCUGUCAGAAGUCAAACCUCAGUGAACAUCUGAGGAUUCACACAAAGGAGAAACCUUAUGAUAACAAUGGCUGUGGGAAAUCUUAUGAGUCACUGCUCACAGGACACCAAAGAACAGACUCAGAGAUGAAACUCUAUCAAGGUAGUGAAAAUGGGAAAACAUUCUCCAAGACAGCUCAUCUCAAAGAACAUCAGAGAAUUUACACAGAAGAGAAACUCUAUGAAUGUACUGAAUGUGGGAAAACUUUUUCCAAGACAUCGCAUCUCAGAGCACAUCAGAGAAUUCACACUGGCAAAAAACCUUAUGAAUGUAUUGAAUGUGGGAAAACUUUCUCGAAGACAUCACAUCUUAGAGCACAUCAGAGAAUUCAUACUGGAGAAAAACCUUAUAAAUGUAUAGAAUGUGGGAAAACUUUUUCUCACAAGACGCACCUCAAUGCACAUCACAGAAUUCAUACAGGGGAGAAGCCCUAUGAAUGUAAUGAAUGUGGGAAAGCUUUUACCCAUAUUUCUGUUCUCAGAGCACAUCAAAGAAUUCACACGGGCGAGAAACCCUAUGACUGUAAUGAAUGUGGGAGGUCUUUUGCCCAUAUUUCUGUGCUCAGAGCACAUCAAAGAAUCCACACAGGGGAGAAACCCUAUGACUGUAAUGAAUGUGGGAGGUCUUUUGCCCAUAUUUCUGUGCUCAGAGCACAUCAAAGAAUCCACACAGGGGAGAAACCCUAUGAAUGUAAUGAAUGUGGGAGAUCUUUUACCUAUAAUUCAGCCCUCAGAGCACAUCAGAGGAUUCACACAGGGGAGAAACCCUACGAAUGUAAUGACUGUGACAAAACUUUUGCCCAUAAUUCAGCCCUUAGAGUACAUCAGAGAAUUCACACAGGAGAGAAACCCUAUGAAUGUAAUGACUGUGACAAAACUUUUGCCCAUAAUUCAGCCCUCAGAGCGCAUCAGAAAAUUCACACAGGGGAGAAACUCUAUGACUGUAAUGAAUGUGGUAAAACUUUUUCUCAGAAGACACACCUCAGUACACAUCAGAGAAUUCACACAGGUGAGAAACCCUAUGAAUGUAGUGAAUGUGGAAAAACUUUCUCUCAGAAAUCAUACCUCAGUGGACAUGAAAGAAUUCACACAGGCGAAAAACCCUAUGAGUGUAACAUAUGUGGGAAAUCUUUUGUCUAUAAGGCAGCCCUCUUAGUGCAUCAGAGAAUUCACACAGGAGAGAAACCGUAUGAGUGUAAUGAAUGUGGGAAAACUUUCUCCCAAAAAACACACCUCUGUGCACAUCAGAGAAUUCACACAGGGGAAAAGCCCUAUGAAUGCAGUGAGUGUGGGAAAACUUUUGCUGAUAAUUCAGCCCUCAGGGCACAUCACAGAAUUCACACAGGGGAGAAACCCUAUGAAUGUAAUGAAUGUGGGAAAACUUUCUCCAAAACAUCACAUCUCCAAGCACAUCUGAGAACUCGCACAGGAGAGAAACCGUAUGAGUGCAGUGAAUGUGGGAAAAUGUUCUCUGAGAAGUCAUAUGUCAGUGCACAUCAGAGAGUUCACACGGGGGAGAAACCCUAUGCAUGUGAUAUAUGUGGGAAACCAUUUGCCCAUAAUUCAACCCUCAGAGUGCAUCAGAGAAUUCACACAGGUGUGAAAUCCUAUGCAUGUAACGAAUGUGGGAAAAGUUUCUCCCAGAAGUCACAUCUUAGUGCACACCAAAGAACUCAUACAGGGGAGAAACCCUAUGAGUGUAAUGAAUGUGGGAAAGCUUUUGCCCAAAAUUCAACUCUCAGAGUACAUCAGAGAAUUCACACAGGGGAAAAACCCUAUGAGUGUGAUGCAUGUGGGAAAACUUUUGUCCGUAAGGCAGCUCUUAGAGUACAUCACACCAGAAUGCACACCAGAGAGAAAACCUAACAUGAAAUAAACUUGGGAAGUCCUGAAGGAACUCAAACCUUAGAUAACACACAGUGGGGAAACAUGUCACAUAAACUGGCUAAUUGUUUCCCUUAUACAUUUCCAUUUACACUAGGCACAUAGCUUGUCAAAAUUUCUCAGUUUGAAAAGGCAGUGGUAUAGUGGUGAGCAUAGCUGCCUUCCAAAAUUUCUCAAUUUGUUACUCAUAUGGGGGGCUGGCCAUGGAAUGUGAUGCUAAUGAUAGCUAUUACAUUUAAGCCUGGCACUUAAGCAAAUCACCUUACAUUCUUCCUGGUCCAUGUUAAGGUGGAAUGAAGAUGAUUUCCACAGCAAACUUGGGCCCUGUGCACUGAACAUGGUACAGCACAAAGUGAAAGAAGCUAGAAUCUGAACAGUUGUGUGGAACAGUACUCUCCACGUCCAGACCUUCCCCCAUUGGCUCCUUUUUAGAAAAGCAAUAGUUAAGUUUGUAUUCUGUUGGGUUCUUCCAGGUUUGGUCUGUUAAGUGGUAUGAAUUCCUAUCAAUAUAAACGUCAGAAGACCUAUAAGAAUUCAACUUUUUGUAUGUCAGAGACUACAUAUAAGAAAGAAAAGUUCUGUCAACAUCAUGACUAAUCCUUUAUUAAAAAUCUGAAAAAUCUCAGGGAAAAACACAAAAGCCUUUACCAUAAAGUGAAUUGAAUUAAACAUCAAGUAGACUAAAAUUUUAUGUUUUGAAUAAAUGACAUUUUUCAACAAAUACUGAAAGUUUAGUUUCAGGUAAUUUAUUCUGAGGAUAUGUAUCAGUUUCAGGAUUGAGGAUAAAACCUUCACCUAGAAGUGAUGUACCAAAACUUGUGUUUUUAUGUAAUAUCAAAAGUUUUUAUAGAAAAUAUGUAAGAAAACAGUUACCUAUAGAUAAAGCCACUAUAAGAUGUGAAGUUUUAAAACUGGAGGAAUAACUUGAAUUCUGUAGACAACACCAAUAAAUGUUUGUGAAUAGUC